CCUCCACCAAGAUGGACGAUCGCUUUGAUGAAUUUCUAGAGAGUGUACAAUCUCUUGACAUCUUUAAGAAGUUGAAGAGACAAGACAUGGCAUUUUCUAGACAGAAUUUGGAAUUUUCAAGACAGCAGUUUAGCCGUUCUUUGAAUUUGUUAGUCGAAUUUGGAGGAAAUGUUUAUGUUUGGGACGAGGAAGAAGCUGCUCUGAUAGCUGUUAGUUUGAAAGAGCUACGCAUCGAUUGUGAGCAUCCAAGAGUACGGACACUUUCGUGUAAUCCCUUGCCACUGUCGCCGGUAGAAAGGCUCAUUAUGAGCAAGACGGGAAAAUACAUGGCUUUGGUAUGUCAAGCCAGAAUUUGGAUAAUGGAGAUGCCAUCUCUCACAAAACAGCUGCAAGAGAGAGUUACAUGCAGGUCGUUUUGUCUUGGUGAGAGGUACUUUGCUACAGCUGGAGGAGAUGGACAGAUUUUUCAGGUUCGAUGGCAUCCAUCUAGUGAAGCAGACAUUCAUCUGUUUGUACUAACAUCGGACAGCUGCCUUAGAAUAUUUAAUGUUUUGGAGCCUGAGGCUGCAGAGCAAACUAUUUCUUUGAGAAACCAACCAACAGCCUUACAGUCAGCCGUUGAUCUCACUAUUGCAGCACAUUCCAAAGCAGCUUACAGAUUGGAUGACACUGAUAAUGUUGUUGAUUUUGAUUUUGGCCCAGAACGAGUGGUUUCUAAGCACUACCACAGUGUGACAUCUGAGUCAGCUUUUGUACAUCAACUAUUCAUUCUUAAAGAAAAUGGGGACGUUCAGUGUCUGUAUCCUCGUCUUUACCAAGAAAGGUAUCCAAUUUUUUUGUCUGAUCCUCUUACUAUGCAUCCUCCAGCUGAAGACAACUAUGGGGUUGAUGCAUGUUCACUCUUAUGUCUUUCUACCACACCAUCUACAUUAGUGGUGGCAACUGCAGCAGGCUUUAUCUACCACUGUGUUGUUCUCGAUCAGGAGGGAGUGGAUGGAGAAAUUGAACUGGAUGUAGGUGGUGCUUUGCAGCAGACACUAUAUGUUUAUGAGGGCAUUGAUUUGGAGUUUGGAGAUAUUAAUGAAGUCGAAGAAGCUAACCAGUUGGGUGAUGACAGACAACAGUUUGAUGACAUUGGUUUCUUGGUGCUUCAUGAAGAUUCUGUUGUUAAUAAUCGUUAUCAUUGUUCUCAUCAUGCUGGUGUUCACACUGUCACUUUAUCAUGGCUGGAGGAUCUCAACUGCAUUCUCAGUGAUUCUGAUGAACAUGUUUUGUCAAGUUCUUUGCACUUGCCAUGUAAAGUUGAACAUGUGGUGGCUACACCAUCAUUACAAGAGAGCCAAUUGCUACCAAUUGUUGGUGUUUGUGUUUCUACGGAUCGGCUUAUUGGCAUCAUGCUCAUUUGUGUCACAUUACUUGGUGAUUGUUUUGCAAUCAGAUUGCUGGCUGACUUAUCCAAUGCCAUUCCUUUGACUUGGGAUACAUCUGAAAGUGACACUUCUGUGUCUCCUUUGCGUCGUUUAAGAAUGGAUGAUUUUUGCAGCAAGAUUAAGAGAAUGUUGGACAGGACCAAGCUUCCAUUACUACGGUCUGUUGAGCAGUCAGACCACAGGAUGUCAAAGCAGCAGUUGUUCAGGCUACUUGUUGAGCACACACAAAUGUUUAGAAGGGAGAUAAGCAAACUUGAACAAGUCAGAGAUGAAGUUGUCAAACGAUCAGCUCUGCUAAAAAGGCACAAGACAGCUCAGGAGACAGAACUGAAGCAAAUUGAAGCGACUACAAGUUCAUUAGCAGAGAAAAAGGAUGCUAUAGCGAUCAGAUGCGUAGAGAUUGAAAGGGGCCAAGUUCGGCUAUUGGAAAGGCUGAAGCAUAUACUGAGAGAGCUACAGACACAACACUCAGUUCUGUCUGAUGCAGAGAAAAGCUUUGGCAAGGAACUCACCUUGAUGGAAACUCGUCUUUCACAUUUUUCAGAUCAAAUAGAGCGGGUUCAAGUGAAGAUAGACUAUCGAGCAGAUCCCACUGAGGAAGAACCAAAGAUGGUGUUGUCUUCUUCACAAAAUAAGCAGAUUAGGCAGAUAUUGAAAGACAAUGGUGAAAUGAUCAGUGCUGCGAUGAAUGAACUCAAGAGGCUGAAGACGGAGUCAGGUCUAUAGCUGUAGAUAUAGUUGUGAAAGAGCGAUGUAUAUACAUCUAAAACCCACUCUGAAACCCAGUAUCGCCAUACUUCUAGUAGUUUACUUUUUGUUGUGUACAUGUUACAUUGUAUGAUUUUAGUGUUGCCAUCUUUAUAUGUGAGACCAAUAUAAAAUGUGGUCGUUCUUUAUGUAGUA